AUGCAGAUACCAAAACCCGGCGCAAAACUGCUGUUUGUUGCCGUUGGGCUGCCGUUGCAACAGCCCUUUCCACGACACCGAGGUUCGCGAAGCGGGCCCCGUGCCGGGGCAAAUUUCCCCAUGCCCAAAUCAGCAAAAAACAUGUUCCUGUUGUGUCCGUUGUUUCCAGGCGCGGUGCACAAUUUUGUGUGGUAUUUCACUCUGUUGUUACCCAUGUUAGUCUCUCUCUCCGUCACCGACUUUGGCUCCGAAAGGACAUUUGUGCUAGCGCGCGGAACCUUUUCCGCUGGGGUCGUGCUUUUUUUAGUCGCCAGCAACCCGCAGCGCUAUUUCCAAAAUGAGGAAAAGGCUCCUGAAUUUCCGCCCCUCCACUUGCGGCAACUGUGCCGACAGGUGAAGAUGUCACACUUUCCCCCCAGGGCCCACGGCGCAUCCGUAGCCGUGCCCCUCACUGGUCGCAGUAACUUUGACCCCUCGAGAUCAAAUGUUGAGCGCAUUGCUCUUUCCCUGGGCCGCCGAAAAGAAUCGGCUCGUUGGAGGAUUGGCCAAACGAAGCGGACGAGCGGUCGCAUGCUUUUCGGCUACUAA